AUGGCUGACCCAGCUAUCUUUCGACGCCGUUCCUCGGUGCACCAGCAUCGGCGUCUAUCGACUCCCCUGCACAAGCAUCAAUGGGACGCGCCUCCAACUUCUACCAUCUAUGCCGGCCUGUCAGUAGACUUAUCCGAGGAUGGGAGCGCCACAGUCGCUGUCGCGAUCCGCGAUACCACAUAUCUCCUGGACUUCCUGCAGCACAAGGUCCCAGCUGCCGACAAGCAGACGGUAUCCGACCAGAUCACAGACUUUAUCGUAAAGAAGCUGUUCAGUUUCAGCGAGAGGCACUUGGAGAAGGUGGUUGGAUGUGCCAUGCCGAGGCGUCUGUUCGAGGAAUGCCCCUUGCUCUGCUCGCGUCUCUGGGCUGAAAUAGACGUCAUUCCCCUCGUCCUUCCACAGGACCACAGAGAUGGCUGGGAACAUUUCCUGUCUCACUCAGGCGGCAAGGACGGUUGGGUUACGCGGACCUUGGACGAACAAGCGGAGUCGAUGGGCCGCAAAUGCGUCAGAGUUUUCGGCCCGGAGAAUCAGCCACUGCUGCAAGUCGGUUUUGCAGGCUUGGUGGAGGUGGACACUGCAUUCCACGUCAAACUGGCGAACCUGGACGAUUUCAAAAAGACCGUCGAGGCCAACACAUGGGCUGCGGUCCAGCAUUACGCCAAGGACUUGAAAGACAGGAAGGUCAAGAUUGCUUUCUUCAGCGCCACCCCCCAGGGCGGCGGUGUGGCACUGAUGAGACAUGCCCUGGUCCGCUUCUCCCAUUACCUCGGGACUCGUAUUGACUGGUACGUUCCCAAGCCACGCCCGGGGGUCUUCCGUGUGACCAAAAACAACCACAACAUUCUCCAAGGCGUCGCCGAUCCCGAUCAGCGCCUAAGUAAACGAGAUCACGACAUCGUGACGGACUGGAUUGACGAGAACGCGCAGCGGUACUGGCUGCGCGAAAAUGGGCCUCUUCUUCAUCCGUCCAAGGGCGGUGCCGACGUGAUCAUCAUUGACGAUCCGCAAAUGCCAGCUCUUAUCCCUCUCGCGAAGAAGAUGGCCCCGGAUAGGCCUGUCAUCUUUCGCAGUCACAUCCAGGUUCGAAGUGAUCUGAUUAGUGCCGAGGGAAGCCCCCAAGCGGACGCGUGGAAAUUUCUCUGGAGUCAAAUCCAGCCGGCGGAUGUGUUCCUCGCCCAUCCGGUGCGUGCCUUCGUGCCGCACACCGUGCCGGAUGAGAAGGUGGGUUACAUGCCUGCAUCUACUGACUGGCUCGACGGGUUGAACAAGCACAUGCAUGAUUGGGAUGUGGCCUUCUACGGGCGCAAUUUCAACGCCGUCUGCCGGAACUCGGGCAUGCCCACCAUCAACUUUCCCGAUGACGAGUACAUCGUCCAGAUCGCACGGUUCGAUCCAUCCAAAGGCAUCAGCGACGUUGUGGAUUCGUACGACAAGUUCUACAACAAGUUCGCAGCCAGUCACCCGACUAGGAAGCCACCUAUGCUCCUCAUUUGCGGCCACGGCUCCGUUGACGAUCCGGACGGUGCAAUCGUCUACGACAGCACGGUCGCCCAUAUCGAAACAUUCGUGCCCUACCUCAUGAAACAGAUUUGCGUCGUGCGCCUGGGACCGUCAGAUCAGCUUUUGAAUGCGCUCAUGUCCAAGGCCAAGGUUGCACUGCAGCUGUCCACACGCGAGGGCUUUGAGAUCAAGGUCUCGGAGGCCCUCCACAAGGGGAAGCCGGUGAUCGCUACUCGCGCCGGUGGUAUUCCCUUGCAGGUGACCAACGAGAAGAACGGCUUCCUCGUCGACGUGGGUGAUACCGAAGCCGUGGCGGAGCACUUGUAUGAUCUGUGUACGGAUGACGAGCUGUACCACCGGAUGGCCCGGUAUGCACGCGAGAAUGUCUUUGACGAGGUCAGUACCGUCGGUAAUGCGCUGAACUGGUUCUAUCUGGCGUCGAAGAUGACCAAGUCCGAGGAGGUCAAACCGAAUGGGCGGUGGAUCCAAGACAUGGCGCGGGAGGAAGCAAACCUGGCGUUUACCGCCCAGGAUAGUUUCAUGAAGAGGACGAUUGACCCAGCCAAGGCGGGGUAA